CCUUUUCGCAACCGGUCCGUCGUAAAUUGGGGCGCAAGUCACCCAAUCAGAAUCCUCGGGGCGUCACCGAGCCAGGCGCGUCGGGCACGGACCAGUCCUCGCCGCGGCCAUUCGCCGGGGCUGGGGGCGGCUGCUCUGCUGAGGGGGGCGAGGGGAGCGUCCGGAACGCGGUGCGAGCCGGGCAGGCCUGGGAGGAUUGAACUACUGCAGAACAGGGACCUGUUGGGUAGGCAAAGUGUUUCCAGCACUUGUACUCCCUUGGGUUCAACCAUGAUUCACAGCCUCUUCCUGAUUAACUCCUCAGGGGAUAUUUUUCUGGAGAAGCACUGGAAAAGUGUUGUCAGCCGCUCUGUUUGUGACUACUUUUUUGAAGCACAGGAGAGGGCUACAGAGGCAGAAAAUGUACCUCCUGUGAUCCCCACGCCUCAUCACUACCUUCUGAAUGUUUAUCGUCAUAAGAUUUUUUUUGUGGCAGUGAUUCAGACAGAAGUGCCACCCCUCUUUGUCAUUGAAUUCUUACAUCGGGUUGUGGACACUUUCCAGGAUUAUUUUGGUGUCUGCUCGGAAGUUGUAAUCAAGGACAAUGUGGUGGUGGUUUAUGAGGUGCUGGAGGAGAUGCUGGACAAUGGAUUCCCAUUGGCUACUGAGUCCAAUAUCCUGAAGGAGCUGAUAAAACCCCCCACCAUAUUGCGAACUGUUGUCAACACCAUUACAGGAAGCACCAAUGUAGGUGACCAGCUCCCUACAGGACAACUAUCAGUGGUGCCAUGGCGACGGACCGGUGUGAAAUACACCAAUAAUGAGGCAUAUUUUGAUGUAAUUGAGGAGAUAGAUGCAAUCAUUGACAAAUCAGGUUCCACAAUUACAGCUGAAAUCCAAGGGGUGAUUGAUGCUUGUGUUAAAUUGACUGGAAUGCCAGACCUCACCCUCUCUUUCAUGAACCCCCGGUUACUUGAUGAUGUCAGCUUCCAUCCAUGUGUCCGUUUCAAGCGCUGGGAAUCAGAGCGGAUCCUCUCUUUCAUCCCACCAGAUGGAAAUUUCCGAUUGCUCUCCUAUCAUGUCAGCGCUCAGAACUUGGUGGCAAUUCCUGUCUAUGUUAAACACAACAUCAGUUUCCGUGACAGCAGCUCAUUGGGACGCUUUGAGAUCACUGUGGGACCCAAACAGACUAUGGGAAAGACUGUAGAGGGGGUGAUGGUCACCAGCCAGAUGCCAAAAGGGGUCUUGAACAUGAGCCUCACCCCCUCACAGGGAAUGCACACCUUUGAUCCAGUUACAAAGUUGCUCUCAUGGGAUGUAGGGAAAAUAAACCCCCAGAAGCUGCCGAAUCUGAAGGGGACUAUGAGCCUUCAAGCUGGCACAUCCAAACCCGAUGAGAAUCCCACUAUCAACCUUCAGUUUAAAAUUCAGCAGCUGGCUAUCUCUGGGCUGAAGGUGAAUCGCCUGGACAUGUAUGGGGAGAAGUACAAACCGUUCAAGGGCAUUAAAUACAUGACCAAGGCUGGCAAGUUCCAAGUCCGAACUUAGAGAGCCCAAGAGUGAGGCAAGAACCACAAGCACUUUCUUAUUUCCUAUGUACCCAGUUGUUGGAUCCAGCCUCUGCCCGCUAUCAACCCCUUGGGGCUGCUCCCUUGCCUUUUUCUAGUUCCUCCAGGGAUGCCAGUACCCAGCGGAUUGGGAAUGGCAUAUACAGGGAAGAGCAGGACUGACCUGAAACCAUCUCAGCUUUAGCUGAGUCUUAAGUUCUCAGGUGGGGUCAAAGGAAAAUAGGAGAAAUGUUCCAGUCCCUUGGGGCUGUGGGCUCAGAUAUGUCAACUCAGUUCUUACCAUCUUCAACCUGCUUGGCAAAGGACACUCUGGAGGCCUACUCCCCUUGUGAGCCCCCUACCAGGCAUUGCUAGGUUGGCUAGCAUUUCUAUGCAGAUCGAACAAGGUUCAGUUAAAGAAGCUGGACUCAAAGUUUAAUGGUUUAGAAUUUGCUCCUUUCCCUAACUGGCGAUUCCUGUUAGAACUGGAAGGAGAGAGAGGAUUAGUCAUGUGAGAAGGGGUCAGUUGGAGAGGCAAAGGGAGAUGGAGGCAUCUCCUUUCCAGAAGUGGGAAGGAGGGAGCAGGAGCCUGUUCAGAAGGUGCACAAGGAGAGUAGGGAGGAAGUUGGAAGAGUGAAUCUGGUUAUCUCUUGCUACACAGAGCUCUCUUGAUCAUUACAUAUCUUGAGCCUCUGAGAAUAGACUGGAAAUUCCCAACUAAACCUAGCCUUAUGCCCUGCCAAGAGCUGACUGGAGCAGGGAUUACCUUGUGAUGUCUGAAGGAUGGGGCUAUCUGAACAUGCUUAUUGUCAUGAGACCCUGCUUCUGUUCUCUAGUCAGUAUUUUGGGGCGGGGGGGUUCUCUUGGUUCCCUUGUUGUGGGUGGGGGGACAGUUGUGUAUAUAAUUAUUUAAGCAUCUGUAUGAAGUGAUGUCUGAUGGCAAUCCUAACUGCUGCUGAAUGAAGAGGAUAGGCUCUGUCCUGGCAAAGUGUGGGGUGAGAGCAAUGCCUCUCUCCCUAUCUGUAACAAUGGCUAUGGUGGUUCUGCUGCUCACUGACGUGUUUGUUUAAGGUCCUGUGUCCUGGUAUCUGUAUGAUGUUCCUGGCAGUAUUACCUGAUUCCACUCCCUGCCUUGUUCUGCUGCUGUGCUGGUAGACUCUAGCCUCUGUUGUCAUUCCUCUGGGGCCAUCUGUCCUACGAGAGACUAUGCCGCAUUUGUUCCCAUUCCAGCCUGUGCUGCAUCUCGCUGCACAGAGUAAAGUAUACAUGGACGGUGUGUAUAUAGCUCCAGGUUGCCCAUCAUGUGCUCUUUGGCCACUGAAAGCCAUAUGUGCUCUUACGGAGCAACAGAACUUACCUGUGGACUACUGUGUAUAUGACUACAUAACCCGGAAAGCUUCCUUGGCUGUGCAGUCAAGCACACAUAACCUGUGUGUGUGUGUGAGACCAAGAGGAGUGACACCUGCUGUGGGAUAACCUACAUUCUGCUCUGAUCUGUGUGUGAUGGAUGUUUGUAAUGGGUGAGUGGUACCUCAUUUUCGAAUUACAGAUUCCUGUGCAACUAAUAUGAAUGCUACUGCAAGGUGGCCUAGGAUCUGAGCAUGCUGAGUGCAAAUGUAACAGUUGUACCAGGGUAUCAAUAAAGGUCAAUUUUACCUGU